AGAUUCGUACUCAUCAUUGUCACUCACUCACGAGUGAAGAAAGGAAAAUCGUGUCUUGCUGCUGUGAAGUUUCCAUUUUUCCUGUAUGUGCUCAUCGAUAUUAUCUGAACUGGAUACUAGCUAGCGAACCACAAAACGGUGGUAGAUUCGUUGCAAGGAAAUAAUCUUCAGUAUGUGUCUUUUAAUGUAGGGAAAGUAGAAUCUAGCAUCGGGCUAUGGUGGCUUAUUUUAACCGGUGAAAAAAUCAGCAGCAAAGGAUCUACAUUGCAUAAAUCUCAGGCAAGCUUCGUUGCUGAGCCAAACGGAGCAGCAAUACGCGUGAGAAAACGUGACGGCCACAUCGUGAUACCGAACACGAGACGGGGUGUGCGUGUGGGGAAACAAGAAGCAAGGAGGGAGCACGUCUGCACUACGUUUCUUGCUACAAAUUCUCAGGGUGUGGUGAUAUUGUGUUAGUGGUAUUUUGAAGAUUUAUAACCCAGCAUUAUGCCGUGAAAGAUUUUUUUCGUCCCUCGCGUGAAACGUAACCCGACACCUGGUAAUAUUUGUUUUUCGUGUUUACAACAUUUUGCAGAUCCUAACGUUGCAAUUAGAGAAGUUUCUCAAUUUGUGUGAAGGUAAAAAAAACUUCAGGAAGGCUUCCUACAAUUCUAGUCUGCGAGAGUGAUCGGAAAUAGGAAGGAGUGACACCGACAGAUAUCAGCGUCUUCAGCUGAUAACACGGCACAAAGUGAAACAUAAAGAUAAAAAAAAAACAUAACGUUACCAAAUACCACUGCGGAUACAUUUGCCUACGAGGCGCUUUCAUAGUGAAAUAAGUGUUCAUUACUAUUAAAAUAGAGCGGUUAGUAUUAGUCACGUCAGCAUACUGCUUAAUUUAAAGGUGCAAAGUAAUGAUGAAUGAGCUUGAGGCACUUAGACAGGAGGCGGAAACACUGAAAAAUGCGAUUCGUGAUGCACGAAAGGCGGCCUGCGAUACGUCGUUGGUGCAGGCCACAAACAAUCUGGAACCUAUUGGUAGGAUACAGAUGCGAACCAGGCGUACACUGCGGGGACAUUUAGCGAAAAUCUAUGCCAUGCACUGGGGCAGUGAUUCCAGAAAUUUAGUAUCCGCCUCCCAGGAUGGUAAGCUGAUCGUGUGGGAUUCGUAUACGACGAACAAGGUACACGCUAUACCGUUGCGUUCGUCUUGGGUUAUGACUUGUGCGUACGCACCUUCCGGUAGCUUUGUGGCAUGCGGCGGUCUGGACAACAUUUGUUCGAUCUACAACCUGAAAACCAGAGAAGGAAAUGUCCGUGUAUCCAGGGAGCUACCCGGCCACACCGGAUAUUUGUCCUGCUGCCGUUUCCUAGAUGAUAAUCAAAUCGUCACCAGCUCCGGUGAUAUGUCCUGUGGGCUAUGGGAUAUCGAAACCGGUCAGCAGUGUACAUCGUUCCUCGGGCACACUGGCGACGUGAUGGCACUGUCCCUCUCCCCACAGUGUCGAGUGUUCGUCUCUGGGGCGUGUGAUGCCUCAGCUAAGCUGUGGGACAUUCGAGAGGGCCAGUGCAAGCAAACGUUUCCGGGACACGAGAGCGAUAUAAACGCGGUCACAUUUUUCCCGAAUGGGCACGCGUUUGCUACCGGUUCCGAUGAUGCCACUUGUCGGCUGUUCGAUAUUCGAGCUGACCAGGAGAUGGCCAUGUACUCGCACGAUAACAUCAUCUGUGGUAUCACCUCGGUAGCGUUCUCCAAAUCGGGCCGUCUGCUGCUGGCUGGCUACGAUGAUUUCAACUGUAACGUUUGGGACACGCUGAAGGCGGAACGGGCCGGUAUACUCGCUGGCCAUGACAACCGCGUUUCUUGUUUAGGUGUAACGGAAAAUGGGAUGGCAGUUGCCACCGGAUCGUGGGACUCUUUUCUGCGGGUGUGGAAUUAAAGCGGUGGGAUUUUAAUUAACAAAUUUUUGAGUAACGCAAUAACAUAUUUUUUAUAACAAUACAAAACCGAGGCGCAAAUUUCCAGAGCAAAAAUGCACAUACACACAUACGACAGCCACAACAUUCGAUUUAACCGAAUGAAUUGAAUAUUAAACCAGUAAACUGCGUAAUAAGUAUGAAAAUGAAACGCAUUUUAAUCACCAUUCGUUUCAGUUCAUUGUGUUUUUGAAUGACUGAAAGAUUUUAUCCUAUACGAUGUCUAUGAUGCACAAAGCUUCAAUGUAAAUAUUUUAUAUCUUUCUCCUCCCUAAUUGUGAUCGUAAAUUAGUUGGCUAAGUUAUGUUUUGCGAGUCUUUGAGCACAAUUGAAUGGAUUUGUAGCGAAAUCCGAUGAAAAUGGAUCAAUAAUGUAGGAAUAUGUGGAAUCGUAAUUUGACUUUAGAGUUUCAAUUGUUUCACCAUAGUGUAUAAUAUCAUUGUUAUCUGCUAUUUACCACCAUACGAAUUCGUGAAUCAAAUUCGUUUAUAUUAUAUUAUUUGUCUGUUAUAUCACUAGUAUUAUAAUUAUUUGGAUUUGCUCUCUUUCCUAACCAAUUUCGGUAGCUUCACAGUAUCGGCGAAAAGCCGUAUAAGGAAUCAAUUAUUCUAAUACAAAUUCAUACAAAUUCAAUCAGAUCAGUUCCAAAUUUGUUGAAUAUGUAACAUGAUUUAUCAUUCAAAAUGCAUUUAAUAUUUUUAUUUUUAUUUCAUUUGAAUCAAAACUUAAAUUAUUUUAAAUUUAUUUUAUUUGAAUAAAAAAAACAAUACAUACAACAUACAGGGUGGGCCAUUUAAAGUGGAAGGAUUUGUUUUUGCAAUAGCAAAGUAAAGAAGUGGAAUUUUAAUUUUUUUUUUGAAAUUCAUUUAUUUUGGUCCAAGGAGAUUUGUUCUAACUACUUUUUGAUCAUGAUAUCUCGUAAAUGACCGCCUCUGGCCUUGACCGCAAAAUGUGCCCUUUUUUCGGCAUUUUCCAUCACUUUGCCCAAUGUUUCGGCCGAUAUGGCAGCAAUUUCUUGUCGGAUAUUGUCUUUCAGCGCAGCCAGGGUCCUUGGUUUACCAGUGUAUACUAUGGAUUUUAAAUAUCCCCGUAAAAAAAGUCAGGAGGCGUCAAAUCAGGUGAUCUCGGUGGCCAGUCAUAAUCGCCGUUUUUCGAUAUUAAUCUUCCGGGGAACAUUUCGCGCAAUAAUUUGGUCGUGGCAGCCGCUGUAUGGCAUGUAGCGCCGUCCUGUUGGAACCAGUAAUUGUCCAAUUCAUUUUCACGAACAAAUGGCAAUAAAAAGAUGCCUAACUCUUGCGAACGAUGGCGACCUGAUGUCGAUGGAGUCUCUGCAACACUGGCUCGAACGGCAUCAAUAUUCUCGUCGAAACGUCUUGGUCGUUGUCUGGACAGAUGACUGGCAUUACCAACACUACCAGACGAUAUAAAUUUGGCAUAUAAUCGACGUAUAGUGUUGUCUCCAGGCGAUGUUUUAACUUUAUUUUUAUUUUUCCACGCACGUUUAGUUAACACAAUUGAGGAGUUAUUUUUAAUGUACAGCUGAACAAUUUCAGCGCGUUGUUUAGGUGUGUAUUGUUCCAUGGUUAAAAUUGUACUGAAAUGACGCUUCCAACGCGGUAUGACAUUUGUUAAUCUGACAUCUCUGUCAAAAGUUAUGGGGUUGCCAGAUGCUUCCACUUUAAAUGGCCCAUCCUGUACCUACAAUAAUCUAUAAACAAAAAUGAAACAAUUCCUUAUUACAUGGAAUACAUAGGGUUGGGGAAAAAGAAAUGUCGUAUUUCUGUUCGAAAUUUGACGCGUUAUUUAAGAUACUUAAAAUUAUCCAAUUUAAGUCAAAUAUGCGCCGUUUUGUUCGCAAACUUGUUGCCAUUUAGAAGGCAACUUCAUUAUCCCCCCCCUUAUAAACCCCCCCCCCCCUCCUUAUUUGCAAAAAACCCAGACAGCCAGUUUUCGCAAGCCUCUUUUGAGGCCAACUUAGUAUCACCAAGAGCGUUUUGCAUGGACCGGAAGAGAUGAUAAUCACUUGGAGCCAGGUCCAGACUAUACGGUGGGUUCAAUAGGACAUCCCAUCCGAGCUCCCGUAGCUUCUGGCGGGUCAUCAAAGAUGUGUGAGGCCGAGCGUUGUCCUGGUGGAAAACAACACCAUUCCUAUUGAUCAUUUAUGGCCGCUUCUGGUCAAUAGCCUGCUUCAAACGGUCAAGCUGCUCACAGUAUAGAACUGAGUUGAGGGUCUGGUCAUAGUUGAGCAGCUCAUAGUGGAUGAUUCACUUCCAUCCUUCCAUCCAAACACACAGCAAAACCUUCCUGGCCGGCAAUCCAGGCUUGGCGAUGGUUUGGGCCGGCUCACCGCGCUUCGACCACGACUUUUUUCGCUUUAGGUUGUCGUACGUGAUCCACUUUUCAUCUCCAGUCACCAUCUUCUUCAAAAAUGGGUCGAGUUCGUUCCGUUUCAGCAGUGCAUCGCAGGCGUUGAUUCGGUCUAAAAGAUUUUUUUGCGUCAACUCGUGUGGCACCCAUACAUCCAGCUUUUUUCGGAAUCCAAUCUUCUGCAAAUGAUUCCAAACGGUUUUGUGGUCUAUACUCAGUUCCUGGCCAAUCGAGCGAGUGCUCACAUGCCGGUCUACUUGAAUGAUUUCAACGAUUUUAUCGGUUUCCGCGACGAUUGGCCUACCAGUACGGGGUGUAUCUGCGACAGCCACUGCACCAGAACGAAAUCGAUCAAACCAACGCUGUGCUGUGCGAAUCGUUACAGUAUCGGGUCCAUAAACUACACGAAUUUUUUCAGCCGCCUUCGUUGCAGUUUUACCUCGCAGGUAGUAAAAACGUAAAAUAUGGCGAAUUUCUUGCUUGGUGGACUCCAUCUUUGACGCGCUAUAACUUGAAACUGAAAAAGACAAUCACAACACUGUCAAAACGACACUUGUAGCACAGAUUGUCGUCUUUAAAUAGCCGUAUAGUAUGACCCGAUGCGAUAAGUACAACACAAGAUAUGUUUGAGUGUUGCCAUAUAUUGACAAUAUACGACUUUUUUUCCCCAACCCAAUAUGUAUGUAUGCAUACCUAAUUUUUUUGUUGCUUGAAUUAUUGUCUCGCAAAUAUUUUUUCAUUUCUGUACAAAAGCGAUUUUGAAUCAAUCUUCAAUUUUUUUUGCCGUUAUAACGAAACAUUUUAGGCCGUAAAUCGAAAACGUGCCUGAAUUGAAGAGAGCCGUUAUAGCAAAAUGCCGUAUAAAGAGCGGCCGUAUAGCGAGGUAUGGGUGUAUGGAAAGCGAAAUCCCAAGCUUUUUUCUUUCCCAAAUAAAAGAAAUCGCAUUUGAUUUGUUUCAUUAUUGUAUGGUCAAGCAUACCCAAACAUAUUUAUCAAUAAAAUAUGAUUUUAUAUCGUCGAAAUUAUUUUCUAAGAGCGAUCGAUUUGUUUUAGAGAAUCAUGGAUGAAGAUGCGAAAUGAAGACGCUACCAUGGUAAAAACAGCUUCGUUCUAAUUUUUUAAAACUCCCAAGCUUUGUGAAAAUGGAACACGAACAACAAAUUUUUUCAUGGGUGCACAGAUCGUAUUUUUGAAGAAGUGCCCCUAGCAACGAAGACAAAAUUGUUGAAAUGUAAUAAUUUCUGGAAUAUACUUCGUUGCUCGGAAAGUUUGUUCAGCCACUGAUGAUAAUCAAAUGGAGACUCUGAUCAAGAAUCACAACAGAUGAAAUAGCAUGAAAUUGGUUACGAAAAACGCUGCAAUGUAUGGGUUUUAGUUGAGUUGGCUCAACUCAACUCAACUCAACGAAUAUUCACAGUUUUCAAGCAAAAAGUGAUGGACGAUGAAAAGUUCAAUCAUUUGUAACAAAGUUGUUCCAAAAUGUUGCGAAAUGAACGACCAUUAGCUAUCCCCAAAAUCGAUCUUCACUUGGAGAAAGUCGUUCUCUGAGUCUGGUGGGAUUGGGAAUUCUGUAUUAUAAAUUCAGAAAGAAUCGAGAGUACAUGAAGAUGGUAGCCCUGAGUCUGGAGAAGACGCACAGCCGAACCUGGAUUCCACUAGUUCUGAAGACAUUGACAGAUGGCAAUCUACUGCAUUUUGUGAAAAACCUCGCGACAAACCGAACCUUCAAAGUAAAAGUUCCAGGCGCCUACAAGAAUAAAUUAGUGUACCUCAAGAUUCCAUCUUAGUGUUCGUAUUAACCUAUGCGGACGACAACCUUCUAGUGGUGGCAUAUGGCAUCAAGCAUCAAGAUCUGGGCCUCGACUAAUGCUAUUGGUAAAUGAACUGUUGAACGAGGUGGUUAAAAUUUUCAACGGGGAUGCGUUCGGGAGCAAACAUUUACAACAAACACAUCCCUCGCCGUAAAACAUUGAAAAUACUGUGAUGGUCGACUGUAACCUGAAUUUCCAGCACCAUGUUGACAAGGUGAGGAAGAACUGUGCCAUCCGGUUUAAUCUUUUUAAAAACUGUUACCAAACCUCACCGGAGUAAUAAACGAAUGACACGUUCUCGGGCGGCCAAAAACGAUUUCUACCUGACUUGCCAGAAAUAAAACUCUCCGGAAAGCUCUAUCUCCGAUUUAUA